AGCAUCCAGCAUUUUGGCAACGCAAAAAGUAAAGCUGAUGAUACACAGAGCAACUUAUAGAGCAAUCGUGCAGGGCAACGUUGCUCAAAUAGUUGCCCCGUGUAUCAUCAGCUUAACAGUGUAUCACUUGCAUUUUGGUUGGCAGGCAACGGAAAUUCUUUUUGCCAUUCAAGGGAGCGUUUUCAUUGGAGUGUGAUGUCACGUGAAAACUAUGAAUCGACACGAACAGCACGAACACACACAGCACUGACAGAGAGAAAUCUCAUCUCAUCGUCAUAUAUAAACGUAAUAAUUAAAGAUUGAUUAGAGCCUACAUAAACGUAAUAAUGUUUCUGGUCAAUUUCAAACCAAUACUAAAUGUGACGUCACGAUAAUAAGGUUCUUUGACGUCCUACAUUGAUGUAUUAUUUUUUAAAUCAGGUGUGACGUUGUGCUUUGAUCUUUGAAGAUAAAGGCAAAAUGUUACACUGCAUUCAAAAUGUGACAUCACCUGGCAGAAAUGACCUACCCAGCUUCUGACUUUAUAUAUAUACAUUAAGUCAGAAGCCCACGGUGAUAUCUUCACAAAUCUUUUUCUCAAAGCAGGGUUUUUUUUGGCACAAGUUACAACAAAAAAAAGAAGAAAAAAGUUCAAUAGGAUACUGAAUGAGAGCUGGUGGAAACAUUUAACUUGUAGAAAUGGGAUCAGCAUUACCUAAACUAAAGUUGUGUAGUUCUAUCGUAAAAAAUAACUGUGUGUUGGAUGAAUCAAGAUUAACACUGUAUCUUGUAAGAGGGGCCCUACAUAAUGGACGUACAGGGAAAGUGUUCCAGUGCAAACUAUUUCAAUGGGCCAGGAAGGACGUGGCUGUGAAGAUUAUGCAUAAUAAAUUCCCCUGGUCUGGUGAAAAGGAGUUGGCCACACUUAAAAAACUCAGUAAGCUUGACCCAGACAAGAACAGCUUGGUCAGGUUUAAUAGGCAUUUUAAAGACUUUCAACACGUUUAUCAGGAAUAUGAACUGCUCGACAAAAGUCUGUACGACUUCAUGAAAGUACAGCACUUCAAGCCACUGUGUUUAUGUGGGAUCAGAGUAAUCACACAACAGCUCCUGGUGGCUCUGAAUGCUCUCAAGAGCAUCGGUCUGGCUCAUUCAGACAUCAGCCCAGAAAAGGUAAUGCUUGUGAAUCAGUUGCAGUCAUUCAAGGUGAAACUGAUUGGUUUUGGUGCAGCAGGACAAGUUUCCACAUUCAGGCAUGGCACCACCGAUCAAUGCAUUGCUUACAGGGCCCCAGAGGACUUGUUGGGCCUCCCAACGAACGAGGCCAUCGAUAUGUGGGCACUAGGUUGCACUUUAGCCUUCCUGUACCUGGGACAGCACCUUUAUCCAACAGAGUCUGAAUAUGAGGUCAUGAGAGCCAUCGUGCAGAUGCAGGGUCCGCCUGAUGAACACAUGCUGAAAGACGGAGGAAGGACCAGCACGUUUUUCGCCUGUGAAAACUAUUUAUGGAGGCUGAAUGAUAAAUAUGAAAACUACCACAGAACAGGCCACCAGUUUACCAGUCUGGAUGACAUGGUGAAGACCCACUCAGAAGUGAAGAAUGGUGCUGAAUAUGAAGACACACAGGCCUUUUUAAACCUCAUCAAACAGAUGCUGCAAGUGAAUCCUGAAAAAAGAAUCACCCCCAGCGAAGCUUUAGAGCACAGUUUUGUCACAAUGAAACACUUUCACACUAACGAAGACCCUUAUGUGAGAUCUGCCUGUUUGGCCAUGGAAGACUGUCAGCAGGAGCAUUCAUUGGAUAAAUGCAAACCCUUUGAAAUAUUCGCUAGAGAAAUGAAUCAUCUCGUUAAAGAAAAUUACAUUCUUGAUAAAUCAAGACUGUAUAUUGUAAGGGCGCACCUGGCGAAAGGAGUUACUAGUCGUGUGGUCCGGUGCAAACUAUUUCAGGAUGGCAGGGACGUGGCUGUGAAGGUUUUGCCUUAUAUCAUGCCUGAUAAAAGGGAGUUGGCCGCACUUGAAGAACUCCGUAAGCUUGACCCAGACAAGAACAACUUGAUCAGGUUCAAUUGGCGUUUUACACACAGGCCCCACAUUUGUCUGGAAUAUGAACUGCUCGACAAAAGUCUGUACGACUUCAUGAAACUACAGCACUUCAAGCCACUGUGUUUAUCUGAGAUCAGAGUAAUCACACAACAGCUCCUGGUGGCUCUGAAUGCUCUCAAGAGCAUCGGUCUGGCUCAUACAGACAUCAAGCCACAAAAGGUAAUGCUUGUGAAUCAGUUGCAGUCAUUCAAGGUGAAACUGAUUGGUUUUGGUGCAGCAGGACCAGUUUCCACAUUGAGGUAUGACAACACCGAUCAAUGGCUUAUUUACAGGGCCCCAGAGGACUUGUUGGGCCUCCCAAUGAACGAGGCCAUCGAUAUGUGGGCACUAGGUUGCACUUUGGCCUUCCUGUACAUGGGACAGCACCUUUAUCCAACAGAGAUAGAAUAUGAGUAUGAGCUCAUGAGAGAUAUCGUGCAGAUGCAGGGUCUGCCUGAUAAUGACAUGCUGAAAAAUGGACGAAAGACCAUCCUAUUUUUCCACAUGAAAAACUAUAGAUGGAAGCUGAAUAAUACCCGUGCAUACUACAACAUGACAGGCAAAUGGCCUCUCCCUCUUACAACAGGUUUACCAGUCUGGAUGACAUGGCGAAGACCCGAUCAAAAGUGAAGAAUCGUGCUGAAUAUAAAGACACACGGGCCUUUUUAAGCCUCAUCAAACAGAUGCUGCAAGUGAAUCCUGAAAAAAGAAUCACCCCCAGCGAAGCUUUAGAGCACAGUUUUGUCACAAUGAAACACUUUCACACUAAAAGACACCCUUAUGUGAGAUCUGCCUGUUUGGCCAUGGAAGCCUGCCAACUGGAGCAUUCAUUGGUUAAACGCAAACCCUGUCAAACAUCCAGAAAAGCGAUAGGUUGGAAUCGUUCGUCCAUUACUAAAUUGGAUGAUACACUUUCAGCUGAUGAUAGAACUGAAGAAAAUGAACCACCAGCCACAGCUGACAUUGUCACUGCUGGAACUAAAAACACUGGACUACCAGACAAAGUAGCCAGUGCUGGCUUUAAUGACCCCAACUAUGCUGGGACAGAUGAGAAAGCAUCAGGCACAGAUAAGGCUGCUUCACCUGCUCCUGUUAGUCAGAAUUCACAUGAGGGCAACACUAACAAUGACGAAGGAAACACACACUUUGUUGAAGUCAAAUGCCGGAAGAAGUGGCUGAAGAAGAUCAAGAGAUUCUUCUCCAGGAUGAUCAAGCCAUAAGUAGCUGCAAAGAUUUUACUACACAGCACAUUUUUCCUUUCUA